AAGGAAUUUGUGAGGAACUGAAAGUAGCAGAGGGCAGCUGAGGGGAAAGGGAGGAGCGCCGAGCGAGCAGACAGCAAGGUUACACAUGAGAAGUCCAUGUAGGAAUUAAACAAAGCACAGAGAGGUAGAGAAAGGAAAGAACAGGUAGAGUGGGUUAGGUUUCAAUCUUACCUCACAGCUAAUUAUUACUUUCUCCACUAUUGUGAAAGAAAGCAAACAGAAAGGGCAGCUGAAGGCAGGAGAGGAGAAAGCAGAAGUAACAAGAAAAGGAGGGAGAGACAGCAGUUAAAAAGUCGGGUCCAAGCGAUUAAUUGAGGAAGAAAAACAAAAAGGGAGAGACAAGGCUGUAAGGAGUGAACGAGGGAAGGAACGUAAGAAAACAGCAGAUACUCAUUGACAGAGAGGACUGGACUUAACUCCAUGGAUUACUGACAUCAGCAAAACAAAGGAAGAAGAGCGUCAGAAAAGAGGUCACUGCAGUCCAUCAGCAGUGUAGCCUGCCUGAGCCUGUCUACUAUGCAACCAAGACAGCUGAGAUAGACAGACUCAAGCACAGACAGUUCACAAAGACAGUCCUCUCUCUAACAGCACCAUGUUGAUGAAAGAGUACCGCAUAUGUAUGCCACUGACUGUGGAUGAGUAUAGGAUUGGGCAGCUGUACAUGAUCAGUAAGCACUGCUGUGAGCAGAGUGGUGGGGGAGAAGGGGUGGAGGUGGUGAGAAAUGAGUCAGAUACUCACCCUCAGUACGGCCCAGGACAGCUGACCGAGAAGCGAAUCUAUCUCAGCAGUAAACUGCCGUCCUGGAUGAGAGCGUUUGUCCCGCGAUUCUUCUACGUGACAGAAAAGGCCUGGAACUUCUACCCGUACACCAUCACAGAGUACUCAGUAUCAUUCAUCCCCAAGUUCAGCAUCCGUAUUGAGACAAGAUUUGAGAACAACAACGGCGAUAUCGACAACGUGAGUAUCACGGAGAGGGAGCGAGAGGUGUUUGGGGACACGCCGACCCCAGCAGAGAAUGUGAGUUUCCUGGAUAUCCUGAGUGAUCCCAUCCCUGAAAAGCACUACAAAGAGUCAGAGGACCUGAGUCGCUGGCAGUCAAGUAAAACUGGCCGAGGGCCUCUGCAGAGAGGCUGGAGAGACGACCAUAAGCCCAUUAUGUGCUCCUAUAAGAGGGUGCAGUGCAGCUUUGAGGUGUACGGCUUCCAGACCAGGACUGAGGAUUUCAUACACAAAAACAUCCGGGACAUUCUUCUGGUUGGCCACAGGCAAGCAGUAGCAUGGAUAGACGAAUGGCACGGGCUGAGUUUAGAGGAGGUGCGAGAGUACGAGCAUGCGAUGCAAGAGAAGACCAACAGCAAAGUCAAAUCCACCCAGAACAACGCAGGCCCACCGGCUGCCCCUCGUCCUGCGUUCUCUCGUUCCAUCUCAGUGACAGACGAGCGUUCCCUGAAGAAGAUGGGAGUGACGACUGCGGCCAUGUCUGACCCCUCUGCCUCCUCUGUGCCACACAGUCCCAUUCGCCUGAACUCCUCCCCUGAAUGAUGCCUCAAGCACAGACACACACAAAAAUAAAUAUAUACUGCGCAGUGCAUACACACAAAAAGCAAUGUCAGCAUUCACCAGUGUCAUGUGAUGCUACUUCUCAAACACUAACACACCCAUAUGUAAAUUGUGACAUUAACAUCAUCUAAAUGAUUUCGACAUUUCGGCAAAAAUUCUUAUUCACAUUCUUGGGGAGAGUCAGAUGAGAGGAUCAAUACCACUUUCAUAUCUGUCUGUUAAAUAUAAGGCUACAGCCAGAAGCUAGUUAGCUUAGCAUAAAGACUGAUAUGAGAGCAGUAUGGAUCUUCUAAUCUACACUACCGCAGAAAUAUUUAUCUGUUCUUGAGCACAUGUAGUUGCUCUCUUCACUCCAUGUUACAACCAGACAAAUGCCUUACAAACCACUUGUUUCACCAAUUUCUACUGUUGCCUUCAAAAAUCCUUCCAGUGUCUUCAGCAACCUGUAGAUAUGGUGCAUUUUAGCGCUUUCUCUCAGUUCCUCAGCGAUAGUGGAGCUCACCAACCACCAGCAGGGCUCCUGAUUGUCUCCCAGCCUACAGACAGAUGCAUAAGGAGUUUAAUAGAGUGGAUCUAAUGAGAGAGCAGAGGAGAACAUGGGAGGCUGUCAAUGCUAUGGAUCGGCUCCCCUCUCCACCUCAGUCAAUAGGUCAUACCAGGUGUAUUGACAGAGGGCGCUGAGGCAUUGUAUUGGUUCUUUGAUCACUUAGCUGAGAGGUGCAAAUGGGUCAAACCAGGCAUAAACUUCAAUUAUAAAUCAAUGAUGUGAGCAUUUAUGAGACUACUAGCUUAAUUUUUUUAUGAACAUAUAGAAGAGAAUGGUUUGCUGUUGCCUUAUUUGUAAAAUUCAGUUUUAAUGUAUAAAAAUUACUCAAAAUUACUCAAAAAUCUAUGUGGAAAUUACACUGUAUAGUCUUUUGUAAUGGAUUUUCAUCAAUAAAUACAAUUUCUUUCCAGUGAAAA